UUUACGUAAUGACGUCAAAAUCGACGGAAAGCGAGAAGGCAAUACAGCACAGCCGCAGCAAGCUGGACGCCUGCCUUUGCUCCCCCAAGCAAAAUGACGACUAUUAUUUGCGUACAUUUGUGGAUUAAUUCAAUAAUAUGUUAAUGAGCCUGUGGGUGCCUGGGAAGAAAUUUCGCGGUAGAAUUCAGGAACGAAGAGGAAUGUCUAUGAGGUUCCGCUAGGAAAUGUUAGCAUCGGUGAUUACAAACGUCGGGGGACGCUAACCCCAAUAGCCCCCCUUUUUGCAAUGACCCAAUCCUGAUCUUUUGAAAGCCCUUCUGAGAAAACACCGUCGGUCGUGCCUUUGGCUAUCCCGACGCGCGGCGGUUCCACAUCCAGGAUGAGAAACUGUGAGUACCAGCAAAUCGACCCGCUGGCGCUGUCGGUGGCGCCCGCUUCGGUUCAGAACCAAACCGAAAAGAAGAAAGUGGAGAGGCAGCGGAAAAAAUGGGAAGUGUUCCCGGGGAAGAACCGAUUUUUCUGCGACGGACGGGUCAUCGUGGCUAGACAGAGCGGCGUCCUCCCUCUCACACUGGGACUUAUUGUUGUCACCUGUGGCCUUUUCUUUGCAUUCGAUUGCCCAUUUCUGGUGGCGCAUCUGACAGUUUUCAUCCCUGUGAUUGGCGGAGUGCUUUUUGUAUUUGUGGUCCUCUCCUUGCUGAGAACCAGCUUUACAGACCCAGGCAUCCUACCCAGGGCAACCUCAGAUGAGGCUGCGGACAUAGAAAAGCAGAUAGAUACCUCAGGAUCCUCGUCCUAUCGCCCCCCUCCAAGAACCAAGGAGAUCCUCAUCAACCAGCAGGUGGUCAAGCUCAAGUACUGCUUUACUUGUAAAAUGUUUCGCCCUCCCCGGACGUCACACUGCAGCCUUUGUGACAACUGUGUGGAGAGAUUUGAUCAUCACUGCCCAUGGGUAGGGAACUGUGUGGGCAAGCGCAAUUACCGAUUUUUCUACAGUUUCAUCAUCUCCCUGUCUUUUCUGACGUCAUUUAUAUUUGGCUGCGUCAUAGCGCAUAUCACCUUGCGUUCUCAAUCGGGUAAAAACCUCAUCCAAGCAAUCCAGGAGAGCCCUGCCAGUGUGGUGGAGUUGGUUAUUUGUUUCUUCUCCAUCUGGUCCAUUCUGGGCCUCUCAGGAUUCCAUACCUACCUAGUAGCCUCCAACCUUACGACAAACGAAGAUAUCAAGGGCUCCUGGUCAAGUAAAAGGGGUGCAGAGGAGUCUGGGAAUCCAUACACCUACAAUAGCAUCCUUGCCAACUGCUGUGUGACAUUAUGUGGGCCCAUGCCUCCUAGCCUGAUUGACAGGAGAGGCUUCGUGCCGUCUGAGGAGUCCAUCCCUUCAGCGUCAGAGAUCGAACUGCCUUCCUUCGCAGCCAAGAAUGAUGCAAACAUGUGCACACAGGGCACCAAAGGCGUGCUCGAGAGGAUGCUCCACUCCUCCGCCUUUUAUGGUCUUUGCCUUCCCGGCACUCCAAAGACCACUCCUCUGGGUCUGGAGGUUACCAGUGCUCCAGCACGCGCCCCUGAGACACCCUCAACAGCGAGGUGCCCGCAUCAGCACGCAGGCACUUCAUGUCAUCUGUUCUCCAGAAGCAGCACGAGCGACUCGAUGCAGUCCAGCAACCCCGCGUUUCGUUUGGCAUCUCCUUCGCCGUCGCUUGGUCGAGCCACGCUGGUUCUUAAUGAGGCACCUGACAUCGGGUUCAUCCCAUUACCUUGAGUGUAUCAACUUGGAGGUUUUGAUUUCAAGUUUGAUAAAAGCACAGCAAGUGGAUAUUUGACUCUUAAUUUUAAAAGAACCCACCACAUUCCUCUACAUUUCUACAGUAAAGAACAUCAAGCCAUUGAUCCAGGUCAACGCCAGUGUUUAAUUUCCUGCUCAGGUAUCUUAUGCAAACCGCUCUGAAAACAUGUAAAUGAGAUUCGAUUCUAGAUGAUAGAAGGAAAAUGUCACUGUACCGACAGUGGUUCAUUUUAGGGAAAACUCCUGUUAGUACUCCUGAUUUUGAUGGGGUUUGAUCACUGGUUACUAAACGUUUCACACAUAGAUAAAUUAAUUCUAAUGACCAACAGUGGUCUAACCCAGUGGUCCCCAAUCUUUUUUGCACUACAGACUGGUGUGAUGUGGGUCUUUUUUUCAUGUAACGGCAAUGUGUGGCAGAAAAAUACAGUCAAUAUAAAAUAACAUGACGGGGCUGAAAAUGAACAUUAAGUGCAGGGAAAAUGUAACUCACGCUGAAUCAUCCUUUUUUAACAGCGGCCUCUGCUAAAAUUUGACAUCAAAUAUCCAAAAUUGCAGGCAUAAGAAGGUCUUCUCUUAAUCGUGAAAUGUUUCUAGACUUUAGCAAUCCGGUUCGCCACGAGGUAUGACGCUUUCAGUGCGUUCGCGUUUUCGCUUUUUUUUGUUUUUUUUGUUUCUGUCCUUCGUGGUUGCGCUUUUUUCUUUCAAAAAAUUCCAAAGGCUUAUCUAUUAUUCCAGGGUGCUUAGUCUCUCUGUGCCGAAGCAGCUUUGAAGGCUUCAUUUCCUCGUUUGGUAGCUUUUGGCCUCAUAUUAUGUAGAGUUGACUUUAGAGACUCAGAGUCCCCUGUUGCAACAAACCCAUAUUUUAGGUGGGGAUUCUUGGUAUUGUCUGUUAACAGAGGUUUUGUUUUCCUGGAGGUUGUAGGCUCCUUUUCUGGCUCUUUACCUGUAAAAAAGCUGUUCAAAGGGGUCUGUUUUUGCAGUCAUAUUCGCUAGCGUGCGGACUUAUCAUUUCCAGGAACAAAUUUGAUGCGCCUACGUCAUACCAUAGACUUCACUAUCAGUUGACGGGAAUGAGGGGAUAGGGCUGCUCCGUAGGGGGCCUAUUUUUAAAAACUUCAAAUAUUUUCAAAGCCACUCGCGACCUAAAACCAAAACAAGCAUCUCCCUUAGGCAUAUAUGUCUCCAUGAGCAGCGGCAUAAAAAAAUCAGUCGUUCCCUAAUAAAAUCCAGAUUAAUUAUUUUUUAUAUAAGUAUAACAAAACAUAAAAUGUCUAUUGAAUUCUCAGAUUUUACGCUGGAAGCACAAAAAUCAAAUGCAGAGAUGAUCACCUAUAUAUUCAGGAUUAAAGCCAUAUUUAAUGAAGUUUUUGCCUGAAAUGGCGACCUAAUUUUUAAAAAUUUAGUGCAAUUUUGACAUCACUUAAUUUUCACAUCAAACUUAAUACUUGAGGAAAGCAUGCAAAAUCAUCUUAAUUUUACUCAGCAAAAGAAAUUUUUUUAUUGUUCUGUAUACAAUCGUAACUUAUUUUUGGUCGAAUUCUGAUGUUACUAUUGCCUCAGCACAUCUUGCUGGCUGUCUGGUCCUCAUCAUUUUCAGUUUGAAAUGUUACAUAAAACGCGUAAAAGUUUUUUUGUAUCGACACAGAAAUGUACAAAUUACUAUUUUUUUUUUGCCCAAAAAAUGGGCAGCUGGCCGAAAAUUACCUGAUUAUUUGAAUGUAAAGUUAUGCUAUUGUGUAUGAUACAAAAUCCAAUUUGGCAGCCAUCACAAAAGUUUUUUAAGUUGAAUUUUUUUGUAAAUUAAUGCAUAAAUCCAGGAAUUUCUAUAGAUACAAAUGUAAAACAGUCUAGAUUCUUGCUAAAAAGCAAAAAACAAAAAAACAAAACGGGCAGUUAUCAUUCAUUUUACAUAAAUAUUUAAAGGUAAAGUUAUGCUAAUUUUUUCUAUUUUAUUUUUUCCACGUUUCAAAGUGCAUGCAUGGUGCUAUUUUAUAUAAUAAUUACCUUGAAUCCUCGACCAAAUCACUCUUGAGACACUCCUGCCUGCUUGUAUGCACUAAAACUUUCGUCCUGUUUCCACCUAAAUCCGGAGUUUGAACGCAGCAUGUGUUUGAGUUUAUCACAGUGAAACCCACCACGACACACUGCCAGGCCCGGCCCCCUAUGGGAAACCAUGGCACAAUGUCUGUAGGAGCUGUUUUGUCAACUGAUAGUGAAGUCUGUGGUGGUCAUACAUUCGUUAUCGAGGACAAGAACACAUAGAUAUAUUAAAAAAAAAAAAGGAUGCUAGCGCCAAUGGAUUUCUGUUACGAAAUCGUGGCUGGUUUUAUUAUUAGAUCUAUAGAGUAAACCGGCAAAUUGGUGUGUUAAGAGGCACAGGCCAGAAUGCGAUUCUUAAUACAGUGCUGGCCAAAAGUAUUGGAUCCCCUGCAAUUCUUUCAGAUAAUGCUCAUUUUCUCCCAGAAAAUGAUUGCAAUUACAAAUGCUUUGGUAGUAAUAUCUUCAUUUAUUUUGCUUGCAAUGAAAAAACAAAAGAGAAUCGGAUUUUUUUUUAAUCAUCACCAUUUUACACAAAACUCCCAAAAUGGGCAAGACAAAAGUAUUGGCACCCUUUGAAAAAUCAUGUGAUGCUUCUCUAAUUUCUGUAAUUAACAGCACCUGUGGCAUAUAACAGGUGAUGGCAAUAACUAAAUCACACUUGCAGCCAGUUAAAAUGGAUUAAAGUUGACUCAACCUCUGUCCUAUGUCCUUGUGUGUACCACAUUGAGCAUGGAGAAGAGAAAGGAAGACCAAAGAGCUGUGGACUUGAGAAGCAAAAUUGUGAGGAAGCAUGGGCAAUCUCAAGGCUGCAAGUCCAUCUCCAAAGACCUGAAUGUUCCUGUGUCUACCGUGCGCAGUGUCAUCAAUAAGUGAAAAGCCCACGGCACUGUGGCUAACCUGUGGACGGAAAAGAAAAAUUGAGAGAUUUCAACAAAGAUUGUGCGGAUGGUGGAUAAAGAACCUCGACUAACAUCCAAACAUGUUCAAGCUGUCCUGCAGUCUGAGGGUACAACAGUGUCAACCCGUACUAUCUGUCGGCAUCUGAAUGAAAAGGGACUCUAUGGUAUGAUACCAAGGAAGACCCCACUUAUGACCCAGAGACAUAAAAAAGCCAGGCUGGAGUUUGCCAAAACUUACCUGAGGAAGCCAAACAUGUUUUGGAAGAAUGUUCUCUGGUCAGAUAAGACAAAAGUAGAGCUUUUUGGGAAAAGGCAUCAACAUAGUUUACAGGGGAAAAAAACGAGGCCUUCAAAGAUAAGAACACGGUCCCCACAGUCAAAUAUGGAGGAGGUUCCCUUGAUGUUUUUGGGGUUGUUUUGCUUCCUCAGGCACUGUACUGUUUGACUGUGUGCAUGGUAUUAUGAAGUCUGAGGACUACCAACAAAUUUUGCAGCAUAUUGUAGGGCCCAUUGUGAGAAAGCUGUGUCUCCCUCAGAGGUCAUGGGUCUUCCAACAGGACAAUGACAAAACACACUUCAAAAAGCAUGAGAAAAUGGUUAGAAAGCACUGGAGACUUCUAAAGUGGCCAGCAAUGAGUCCAGACCUGAACCCCAUAGAACACUUAUGGCAAGAUCUGAAAAUGGCAGUUUGGAGAAGGCACUCUUGAAAUCUGAGACCUGGAGCAGUUGGCCAAAGAAGUAUGGUCUAAAAUUCCAGCAGAGCAUUGUAAGAAAGUCAUUGAUGGAUACCGGAAGCGGUUGUUCGCAGUUUUUUUGUGUAAAGGUUGUGCUACCAAGUAUUAGGCUGACUGUGCCAAUACUUUUAUCUGGCCCAUUUUUGGAGUUUUGUGUAAAAUGAUCAUGAAUUUUUUUUCAUUCUCUUUUGUGUUUUUCAUUGCAAGCAAAAUAAAUGAAGAUAUUACUACCAAUGCAUUUGUAAUAGCAGUCAUUUUCUGGGAGAAAUUGAGCAUUAUCUGACAGAAUUGCAGGGGUGACAAUACUUUUGGCCAGCACUGUAUACCCAUGUAAGACUUAUUCUGGCUUUCUGUUACAGGUCCAAAAUGCUAUUGUGUUUGUCAUUUGAGGACUAAAUUGUUCAAAGUGAAUCAGAGUAUGUCAAUAGUUUGUCUAAACUAUAUAUGUUUUGUGAUGGACUGGAUAAGGGGUCUAUGAAUGAGAUUCAGUGAAGGAGUUCCAAUGCGCCAAAGACAGAGUAACAAUGCAAUACGUAAGCCAGUUUACAUUUUUUUCUUUAUUCGUUACUUGUUGGUUACUUGCUCUCUGGGAAUGAAUUCUUUAUUUGGCUAAAUGUGUCCAUGUAGAAUACUUUUUUUGGUGUAAAAAAAUGUUUUGGAGUUAGGCUGCUGAAAGUGAAUAUCAUUCUAUAAACGCUUAGCUCAUUGCAGCCAUCAAGCACGUUUCCCUUUCAACUUAAGCUGACUGUAUUUUGCGUUAAAGUCGUAUUGAAUUUCAAUCAAAAACAAAUGUUAAUUUCUUUAGUAUUUAAUAUUCUGCCGAGCCUCAGAGAGCUAUUUUAAAACCUGUGUUUCAUUUGGCUCUGGGCAAUUGGCGUCAUAAAAAACUGACAUGAGUGUUUGUGGUUAAAGCGUUUGAUAGUUUUGAAGCAGAGAUAUGUUUGGAAUGUGGCUGAGGUCGCUGCACCAGUCAUUUUAAUGUCUUUGUACUUAUGUUCUUAGCACAUCGGCAUUGCAAUUCUGCUUUCGAGUUUGAAUGUUGGCUCUGGUCUUGCGUCGAUUUUGCAUGUUCUUCUUGUGCUUGCAUGGCUUAUAUUCCUCCCACAUUACAUAAAAGGCAUGUGUGAUCAUUGAGGAAUUUAUAUUGUCCAUGAGUGUGAAUUUAAAAAUCACUGGUUUGUUAUCUGCUAUUGGCUAGUGACCAGCCUAGGCUAUACCCAGUUUCUCGUCCAAACCUGUCACACUAGAUGGUAAUAUUUAGUUUUCGCCACUAGGGGCCAGAGUUUGCUCAAGAAUGGCGCAGUAUGAUUAGACAGCAGUUCUAAGAAGUAGACCAAAAGGCCUUUGAUAUUCUAUAUAUAUAUUUUAUAAACCUGAACAUAGAUUUUGUCUGACUGACGAUGUAACUGUUAAGCACUAACAGUUGUUAA